AGGAAGCCUGAUAUUCACCCAACAUCUGCUUAUACCCAGAUUCACUGCUUGCGUAUCGACUUGUCUUGUAUGUCAAUGAUGUCGACAAGUUCAGAGCAGGGUUUGCCGCCACUGGCAAUUGUGGGCAUAUCACUCAAGUUUCCCGGAGACGCUGUGACACCAGAUGACUUUUGGAAGAUGCUUCUGGAGGGGAGAGCCACCGCGAGCGAGUUCCCCCCAGACCGGCUGAAUAUCAAUGCUCACUAUCAUCCGGACCGUGACCGUCUGGACCGUCUCUCUCUACGGGGAGGAAAUUUUAUGAAAGGAGACCUGGGUGCUUUCGAUGCUGGAUUCUUUACAAUAAACGCCACCGAGGCUGAAGCAAUGGAUCCGCAACAGCGGCUGAUUCUCGAGGCAUCUUACCGCGCGCUUGAGAAUGCUGGAAUUACCAUGGCUGAAGCGUCUGGGUCUAAGACCUGUGUUUUUACAGGAAGCUUUUCCCAUGAUUACCACACGCUGCAAGUAAAAGACCCUAUGAGAUUACCGAAAUGGCAUGCUACUGGGACGUCUAUGAAUAUGUUGUCAAAUCGUGUCAGUUGGUUCUUCAACCUGCAAGGCCCAGGUGCUACUGUGGACACUGCGUGUUCCAGUAGUUUGAUGGCGAUUGACUUGGCCUGUCAAUCUAUCUGGAGCGGUCAUUCAUCGAUGGGAUUGGCCAUUGGCAGUAAUACCAUCUUGGCAGUGGAAAUGAGUCUCUGCCUUGAUAAUCUAGGGUUGCUCUCGAAGGACAGUCGUUCAUAUAGCUUUGAUCAACGGGGGAACGGCUAUGCACGAGGUGAAGGUGUUGGCGUGCUAGUGAUCCGACCGCUGGAGGAGGCCAUCCGUAACGGAGACACUAUAAGAGCUGUUAUCCGAUCCUCUGCCUCGAACCAGGAUGGGCGUACGCCCGGGAUUAUGCAGCCUAGUGGGACUAUGCAAGAGAAACUGAUCCGCGAUACCUAUGAGAGGGGAGGGCUUAGCUUGGCAACAACCCGAUACUUUGAGGCCCACGGAACUGGAACGGUGGUGGGAGAUCCAAUUGAAGCCCGUGCAAUUGGAGGAAUCUUCCGUCAGUAUCGCUCAGCUGAUGACCCGCUGUACAUCGGAUCCGUCAAGUCCUCUGUUGGCCAUCUGGAGGGUGCCAGCGGCGUGGCUGGGGUGAUCAAGGUCGUUCUUGCCUUAGAAAAGGGAAUUAUCCCACCCAAUGCAGGCCUCGAGACGCUGAACCACCGAAUUGACGAUGAAUUUCUACAUAUAAAGGCCCCUCAAGAACCGGUGUCCUGGCCGGUCGAUGGCCUGCGAAGGGCGUCGGUAAGCUCCUUUGGCUUUGGUGGUUCAAAUACCCACAUUGUGCUCGAUGAUGCCUUGAACUAUCUCCAGAUGAACGGCCUACAGGGCAACCACAAUACCACCGCUCCAUUGAGAACCAUGUGCGUAGAGUCUGAUCACACAGAUGGGACUCCAGACGACACACUUGACGAAGCAAAAUUGCUUGUCUGGUCAGCUGCCGAUGAGAAUGGAAUUUCCCGCAUCCAGGACAAGUGGCGAUCGUUCUUCUCCUCGCUUCAGGUUUCAAACAAGGAAAAGAAAGCCUACUUGAAUAACUUGGCAUACACGCUGGCCCAUAGGAGAAGUCACCAUCUAUGGCGGACCUUUGCAACUGUGAGAUGCUCCGAUGACUGGUCAGCUAUCGUGGAUAAGUUUGCUCGCCCGUGUCGGUCAAUUUCUACGCCCAAUAUGGGGUUUGUAUUCACUGGGCAAGGAGCACAAUGGUACGCUAUGGGUCGCGAGCUGAUAAGCGGAUAUUCCGUUUUCCGCGAGAGUGUCCAAGCUGCCAAUCGGUAUCUACAGACCUUGGGCUGCCAAUGGGAUCUUUUAGAGGAGCUUCAAAAGCCGGAGGAAUCAUCGAAUGUGAACAAGACAGAAUACAGCCAGCCGCUUUGUACUGCGCUUCAAGUUGGCUUGGUUGACCUUCUCGCUCACUUCAAGAUCUUCCCCAAGGUUGUAAUCGGCCACUCGGCUGGGGAGAUUGCAGCUGCAUACUGUGCUUCUGCUAUAGAUAGGCAUUCUGCUUGGAAGAUCGCCUUUUAUCGUGGAAAAUGGAGCAGCCAGCUGGAAAAGUCCAGCUAUGUCAAAGGGUCAAUGCUAGCGGUGGCCUUAUCCCCAAAGGAUGUUGAGCCAUACUUGAAGAAAGUAGCUGGCGAAUGCGAGAUCUUGAGAUUAACUGUGGCCUGUAUCAACAGUCCUACAAGUGUGACGAUCUCCGGCGAAGAGGGGCAAAUCGAUAUGCUCAAGUCAACACUCAGUGUAGAGAAUAUCUUCUGUCGAAAGUUGAAGGUCAAGGUCGCCUAUCACUCCUUCCAAAUGCAUGAAAUCGCUGCACAAUAUCAGAGCGCCAUGGGACAGUUGGAGAAGGGUCCCGAGCACCAGGCUCCCAUUGAAAUGGUGUCCUCUGUCACGGGUGCAUGGGUCAAACCGGAAGACCUAAGGGAGCCGAGUUACUGGGUACAAAAUAUGGUCUCCCCGGUGAAGUUCUCUGAUGCUUUGCUCAUUCUCUGCUCUAAGACGGAGACACCUAAACGGAAGCUUGAUCUAAGUCACCGGCGGGCGUUGCCAAUCCAUCACUUGGUUGAGCUGGGCCCCCAUUCCGCACUGCAAGCACCUAUCAAGGAGAAUUUGAACAGCGCAAGUCGGCAGUCAGUGGGGUAUUAUUCCCUUCUGGUGAGGGGGGUACCAGCUAUUGACACUGUCAUGGCCGUCGCUGGUUAUUUGCAUGCAGCUGGCUACUCAAUCGACCUGGGCGCUGUGAACAAUCUCGACAAUAUCGAAGAAAAGGGCCUGCUCAAAUCAUUGCCAGAUCUCCCAGAGUAUCCGUUCAACCAUAACAAGAUUUACUGGCACGAGAGCCAAAUGAGCAAAAAUCACAGACUAGCCAAGAUUGCCAGAAAUGACCUCCUGGGCUCGCCGGAUCUCAACUGGAACCCCCUUGAGCCGCGAUGGAGAAACAUUAUCAAGCUGUCCGAGAUGCCCUGGGUUCGAGACCACCAAGUCAAUGGUACGAUACUCUACCCGGCAGCGGGAAUGGUCGUCAUGGCCGUUGAGGCAGCCAAGCAGUUAGCCAUUGCUGGUCGACAGAUCUCAAGUUUCAAUAUCAAAGACGUGACUCUUCAUGCCGCGAUCCCAAUCCAGGAGCAGAACGAUGUGGAAACAGCCUUCCAUAUGCGUCCGAUUAAGGAGCUAAUGUCUGCAGCAUCCCAUUGGUAUGAGUUUGCGCUCUACAUGAAUACAGAUUCAUCCUGGGUGUCAAACUGUACGGGCACUAUUCAGGUUGCAUAUUAUCCGGAAAAGCCAGACCCCGUAGACGGUGGCCAUCUCGAGCGGGAUCUAGCCAGCCAACAGAUUAACGCGUAUCUGAAAGCUAGCCAAGAAUGUACCUCCCCCGCUGAAGUACAAGCCCUAUAUUCUCACCUGAAAGCCUGUGGUUAUGAGUAUGGUGCAGCUUUCCAACGGAUUGCUGCCUUGAGUGCCAACCCAAUGGACUGCACCUGCGUUACUGGUGAGGUGAGCAACAGGCCAUCCACCUCAGAUGAGACAAUCCACCCCACAGUGUUAGAUGCGCUAUUCCAAACGUCACUUUGGCCGAUGACGGGGUGUGGUGCCGAGGUCAUCUCGACGGCCGUGCCAACACGCAUUAAGAACAUAGCAGUGUCCGUCGAUGGCCUCAACACUAUAAACCCGGAUAAUUUCAAAGUCCAUACAAGGGUAGAAGCACCCGGCCACUCAGACAUAUCCGCGGCCAUCACUGCUUUUGACAAUCAACUAGGGAAAGCGGUGGUCGUCGUGGACGGGCUCAGAUGCACUGCGGUUAGUGAGCUUGCUACAGCAGAAACACACAGCUCUACAGAUGACCAGCUCUGCCAUCGGGUGGAAUGGAAACCAGACAUCAGGCUGCUGCAAAACGAUGACAUUGGCCAGAUCUGUCGACAAACCAGCGUGAACACUUCAACACUUGAAGAUUUCUACAUCGAAGUGGACUUCCUCUUGCUUGCCCGUCUUUUGGAAGCUCUCGAAGUUCUGGCUGAAAGGAAUCUAACACCUAGCAAGCCACACUUUAAGAAGUACCUCGAAUGGGCAGCUACCCAGAAGAGACUGUUCAGCGAUGGCCAACUCUUGUUCUCCUUAGAACCAUGGAAAAGCCGUUUCCACGAUAUAGAAUAUAUUCAGGCCCUAGAUACACGGCUUUAUGAGAGUAACCCGCAGGGGAAAUUUCUCGUGAGCUUCUCUAGAAACUUUACAAAGCUUCUGUGUGAGGAGCUAGACCCGCUAGAAUUUAUUUUUACCGGUGGUCUCAUUGACGAUCAUUACUUUGAUUCAAUCGACCGGUCAAAUAGCUCCAGUCGAAUCACAGCUUAUCUCGAGCUAUUAGUGCACGCGAAUCCGCAAAUGAGAAUCCUUGAGAUUGGAGCUGGAACGGGGUCUGCUACGCGAAUUUUCUUACGCACGUUGGGACGUGGACAGGAUGAUUCGAAACCCUCUAGAUAUGCUCACUGGGUAUACACUGACAUCUCGCGCUCGUUCUUCGGCGAUGCAGCGGUCCAAUUUGCUGCGGAGGGCGAUCGAAUGAGCUUCACGACUCUUGAUAUCGAGCAUGAUCCUGAGCAACAGGGCUUCGAGUGCGGCACGUAUGACAUGGUUGUCGCUUCAUUGGUGAUUCAUGCCACCUCAGACUUAACCAAGACUUUGACCCAUGUGCGAAAGCUUCUCAAACCCGGCGGAAAACUGAUUAUGAACGAAAUGACCAACCCGGAGCGUUCUGCAUAUGUAUUUGGGCUUCUUGAGGGCUGGUGGUUGGGUUGCGAAUCCUAUCGUUCGCUGGGCCCUUGUAUAGAUGAACGACACUGGCAUAAGCUUCUAUUGCAGACCGGAUUCUCAGGUUGUGACCUUGUCUUUCCUGACGUCGAGAAAUCCACUUGCCAAGAGAAUGCUUUUAUCAUUGCCACUGCUACUCAAAGCGCUCGAGAGACUGCCCGAGGCCCUCGGAUUCAAAUUGUCCAUGACCCGAUUGAUAGCGUUCAGGCUAAACUUGCACGGCUACUUGAAGAGGGAUGUCGAGACCUGACAGGUUCAACAGUCGAAUGUGUCGCAUUUGAGGAAACGGGGUCCUCCAAUGAUCUAUUAAGAGUCUUCUUGCUUGAAUAUAGCAAGCCAGUACUGUAUGAUAUGAAGCAGGAAGUGUACACAAGACUCCAGACUCUUCUCCUCUCUACCGAAACCACUCUCUGGGUCACUGGAGGAGGAGGAAAGGACUUGACAAGACCAGAUCUGCACCUCAUUGACGGUCUAUUCAGAGUGCUGUCUGAAGAGGAUGGAGGCCGAAAUCGUUACAUUCUUUCUCUUGAACAGCAACAAACGGAAGGACACCCUCACCACCAACUAGUGCUCGAUCUGAUAUCGCACAUUCUUUCCCCAGUCUCUCCAGUUAUUGACUCUGAGUAUACUGAGCAUCAAGGCGUAUUGCAAGUUAGGCGCAUGGUUAGCCAUCUGCCCCUGAACAGCGCUGUCUCAAUCCAGACAAAUCCACAACAAGCCAUCAUGAGACCAUUGGGCUGUGGGACAGAAUUGCGCCUUGAUGCUUCAUCCUCCAGCAUGGCGAACGGUUUUCGGUUCAUCGAAGCCGGAUGGAGUGGUCGGUCUCUUGCUGCCAACGAAGUGGAGCUCGAGGUCAGCUACGUGGGCGUCAACUUCCGCGAUAUUCUUAUUGCCUUGGGUCAGCUUAAUGUCGGGGGCAUCGGCCUCGAGUGUAGCGGCACCAUUACGCGCGUAGGUACAUCCUGUCAUAAGUUCAAAACUGGAGAUACUGUCGUUGGUUUUCUGCGCGACUGUUACUCGACACAUAUCCGGUUUCUCGAGACGGAUCCUGUUGUCCAUGUCCCCCAGGGGAUUUCCCUGACUGCUGCGGCUUCUAUCCCAGCCAACUUCAUUACGGCAUAUAUGGGACUGAAGGAGCUCGCGCGAAUUCAGCCUGGUGAAUCCGUCCUAGUCCAUUCUGGAGCUGGCGGUACGGGCCAAGCAGCGAUCCAGAUCGCGAAACACUUCGGAGCCCAUGUCUAUACUACCGUAGGCUCUGAAAGCAAAAAGGCAUUUCUAAUGGAAAGAUAUGGAAUCCCCGAGUCCCAUAUUUACUCGAGCAGAUCCACGCUUUUCUCGAAGGCGAUUCUCCAACAAACCGCAGGGAAGGGGAUUGAUAUCAUCUUGAACUCCCUCUCGGGUGAAAGCCUCAUCAAGUCAUGGGAGUGCAUUGCCCCGUACGGUAGAUUCAUUGAAAUUGGCAAGAGGGACAUUCUCUCGAACACCAAGCUUCCAAUGAUCCAAUUUGCAAAGAAUACAACAUUUAUCUCUCUCGAUCUAGGGUCUUUAGCAAAGGACCGCCCAGCCGCGUGUGUGUCUGCGCUAUCAGAGAUCUUGGCUUUGGUCGUGGAGGGAAAGCUACAACCCCCAAGUCCAAUCGCUACAUACGGUGUUGGUGAGAUGGAGAAAGCGUUUCGACAAAUGCAGGGUGGGAAGCAUCACGGUAAGUUGGUUAUUGAGAUGCGCCGAGAUGACCCAGUCAUGACCAUGCUAAAGCCCAAACCAAACGCUUUCUUUGACCCCAAUGCCACAUACGUUAUUUCCGGUGGACUAGGUGGCCUUGGUCAGAAUGCUGUUCACUGGCUUGUUUCUCGUGGGGCGCGAAACCUUCUCCUACUGUCGCGAUCCGGUGCAGACAGCAACCCCGAGGGACGUAAGCUACUUGAUCAGUUACACGGCCACGGCGUGAAAGCCCUGGCUCCGGCAUGCGAUGUGAGCGAUGCACAGUCGCUCCGCAAAGCGCUGGACGCCUGUCAAUUACAGAUGAUGCCCCCGAUCAAAGGCUGUAUCCAGGGUGCAAUGGUGCUGCAUGAUGUUUUAUACGAAGACAUGCCAUACACCGGCUGGCAAACCGCAGUCAAUCCCAAGGUACAGGGGUCAUGGAAUCUCCACGAGCUCCUGCCCCAGGGGAUGGACUUCUUCAUUUUGCUGUCGUCAAUCAACGGGCUGAUCGGCUCCAGAGGACAGGCCAACUAUGGCGCCGGCAACACCUUCCAAGACGCACUUGCCCACUACCGGGUCAGUAUCGGCGAGCGCGCCACGUCCCUCGAUCUGGGCCUCUUCACCUUUGCUGGGGCGGUUGCCAAGGAUCCCAAACUGAGGGAGAUGAUGCAGAACAACUCGGUCUUAGAGCCAGUCACCGAGGCGCAGUUCCACGCUUUGCUCGACUCGUAUUGCAAUCCUGCCGUUGCCCGGGAUCUCGGGCUGAGUUGCCAGACAGCGAUCGGUAUCCACCCGGUCGUGAUGGAGAGGGGUGCCGCACGGGCGUACUGGCUUGAGAAACCGGCAUUCGGGCUCUUACAGCUUGACCAAACAUCGCAGGGCGACCAACAGGGCCAGGCGCGCGGAGUGGAUAUCGCUGCUGCAUUGCAGAGUGCCGCAUCGUUGGCGGAGGCAACCACAUUGACUGCGGAGGCCCUCACCCUGAAGCUUUGUCGGGUGCUCUCGCUUUCCGAAAGUGAUCUCGAUGGGAACAAACCUUUGCAUGAAUAUGGUGUGGAUUCGCUCGUUGCAGUGGAACUUCGAAGCUGGUUCUCGAAAGAGAUGCAGGCCGAUGUUGCUGUGUUCGAUAUCAUGGGGCGCGCCACGGUCUAUUCUCUCGCGCAGCUGGCAGCCGGUCGAAGCAAGCUGGAAAAGGGAUGGACUGCGUGA